GGAGGAGGAGGAGGAGGGCAGUGUGCCAUGCUGCCUCUGCCUCUGCUUUGGCGGAGAGGGCACAAUGGCACAAGCGGGGCCCCCCAGCUUCUCUGGAGCCCCCCCGUCGGCUGAGCCCCCGCCUGGCCCUCCGGCUUAGCCGGGCCCCCAGCCUGGCAUCGCCCCCCCAAAGCCCCCCAGCUCAGCUUUGGAGACGAGCAAAGGCGCACGUGGAAAGAAGGAAGGAGAAGGCUUUUGUGCCCCAGCUUCUGCUGGCGGAGGAUUGGCACCCAGACCCCCCUCCGCCCCCUUGGCCCCGGAUUCGAUGGCUCUCCCGGGGCCCCCCUUGGCGACCCCCGUUUGCUCGCUCGCCUUCCUCCUGAUCCUCGCCUUGGCAGCAGGUCUGUGCCGUUCGGCAGAGCUAGCAUUUACCAUAGAGCCCAGUGACCACACAGCUGUCCAGGAGCAGCCGCUGGUGUUGGAUUGCCAAGUGGAAGGGAUCCUCCCCAUCAGCAUCACGUGGCGGAAGAACGGGGUGCUGAUGGGGGACAGCCAGGACUCCUUCACGCUCGCCAACGGCUCGCUCUACUUCUCCCACUUCCAGAAGCUGAAAGGCGAUGGGUCUUCCAAUGAGGGCGAGUACGAUUGUUUGGCUCGGAAUCGCUUUGGGUUGGUGGUGAGCCGCAAAGCCAGGAUCCAGGCUGCAACCAUGUCCGACUUCCACAUUCACCCCCAGAGUGCCGUGGUGGAAGAAGGCGGUGUUGCCAGGUUCCAGUGCCAGAUCCAUGGCUUGCCAGAACCAGUGAUCCUGUGGCAAAAGAAUCACCUGCCCAUCAAUACAGAGAAUGACAGGUACACACUGCUGCCCAAAGGUGUCUUGCAGAUCACUGGGCUCCAAGCUGAAGACGCUGGGAUCUUCCACUGUGUAGCUACCAAUACAGCCGGCGUGAAGAUUAGCAGGGGAGCCAGGCUCACUGUAUCAGGUUCCCAUUCUACUGUAUAUAAAGACCCAAUGAUUCUUGUGGGGCCAGAGAACCUGACCUUAACUGUGCACCAGACUGCUGUCCUGGAAUGCAUUGCAACUGGAAAUCCCAGGCCAAUUGUCUCCUGGAGCCGACUUGAUGGACGACCGAUUGGCGUGGAAGGGAUUCAGGUGCUUGGGACUGGAAACCUCAUGAUUUCGGACCUGACCGUGCAGCAUUCUGGGAUCUAUGUGUGUGCAGCCAACAAGCCUGGUACGCGAGUGAGAAGGACAGCCCAAGGAAGGCUGGUGGUGCAAGCUCCCGCAGAAUUCGUGCAGCACCCGCAAUCGAUUUCUCGGCCCGUUGGGACCACCGCCAUCUUUACCUGCUUGGCCCAAGGGGAACCCCCUCCCCAGAUCACUUGGCUGAAAAAUGGGCAGAUUUUGGAGCCUACGGAGCAUGUUAAGCUGAAGAACAACAACAGCACGCUCACUAUCUACAGCAUCAGCCAGGCGGAUGAAGCCAUCUACCAGUGCAUUGCUGAGAACAGCGCGGGUUCCACCCAGGCCAGCGCCCGGCUGACGGUCCUUUGGGCGGACGGAUUGCCGGGCCCCCCUCAGAAAGUGAAAGCUGCCACUGUCUCCGCCACAACCAUCCAAGUAUUAUGGAGCGAACCAUUGCAGAACACCAAGGAAAUCAUUGGCUACGUAUUGCACAUUCGAAGAGCAGCAGAUCCCGUAGAGAUGGAGUACCAAGAGGCUGUCAGCAAAAAUACCUUCCAACAACUUGUGACUGACCUGGAGCCCUCCACAAGCUACAGCUUCUACAUAAAGGCUUACACUUCUCGGGGGGCCAGUAAGGCCUCCGAAGUGGUUGUGGUCAGCACUCUGGGAGAAGUGCCGGCGGUGCCUUCUCUCUUCAUUAAAGUCCUCAACAGCACCACCGUUCAAGCAACAUGGGAGCCCUCCAUCAAGCUGGGACAACACGAAGGGUUCAAGCUCUACUACCGCAAGGUUCAUCUGGCCCAUUUCACCGGCCCCUUGCUUUUGCCCAGUAAUGCCACGUCUUACAACAUCACCCAUCUUGAUGCCUCAGUAGUGUAUGAAGUCAAGCUCCUUGCGUACAACCAACAUGGUGACGGGAAUGCCACCGUCCGUUUUGUGUCCCUACGAGAGACUGUUGAAAGAACAGGGCUGAACUCACCUUGCAAUUGUAUGAAAGAAGAACAGACCAACAAGACCUCAGCUACCGGCAUCAUCAUCGGGAUCCACAUUGGAGUCACUUGCAUCAUCUUCUGUGUUCUCUUCCUCAUGUUUGGGUACAGAGGAAGACUACUCAUGUGCAAAAAUGUCCAGGAGCAGCUGUCAACACCACAGAUCCCAAGAAGCCAGAGAAAUGCUGCCGGUCUGGCCCUCAAUGGAUCUGCUCAGAGGGAAAGAGAUGAUCCAGAUGCUAAUGGAAAACAGCUGGACAUGAAUGAGCUGGAAAGGUUGUUCCCAGCACCGCCUUCCCAACCUGAUCCACAUGGUAAAGACAGCAUGUUGGAUCGUACUCCUCCUACCUCACAUGACGAAACCCAGAUAUCCACGCUUCCCCCCGAUGAAUUCAGCAUCAUCGAAGAGCGAAGCCGCACGCCGUUUCAAAACCUGCCCUCGGCGAGGCUCCCGGUGGAUGCCUGCUCAGCAUCAGCCAAGAAGAACCAGCUUUGAACCCAGCUCCAACCAAUGAAGGAUAAGUGACCAAGACCGGUCAAGGCUUCUUAGAAGACUUUCCAGCCAACUUUUUAUUAGUAUCUGGUGAUGUCUUUGAAACGACUCAUCAAUUCUCAGGUCAAGUUUAAGAUUUCUACCGUCUGUUUCUGUACACAGACAUGUGUGUACUGUAGACAGGCAGCCUUGCGGAUGCUUCAUGAAGUUUGUCUUUCUGACCUUCCUCAGGUCUCUUUGGACCUUCCUUCCAAUCCAGAUCUCGGCCGUUCUUUCUGCAACGGCUGAGUUGGUGAUUUCAGAAGACAUCUUGGCCAACUUCUUGGUAACCAUUGACACCAAAUGUGAUGGGACCUGUUUGUUGUCUCAGUUUGCCAAUGUGUUUCCUUGCUGGCAGCUUUAGGAAGACUAUUCCAUGGAUCCACUUUGGUAACAUGUCGAGAGAACAGAUUGUGACAGACCUAUCCAACAUUGGCUUCUCCCCAAAAAUCCCACAGGUGCUUGGUUGGCCAAACCUCUCCAUGGAUUUAUUGACUCUUUCGUCAUGUGCGUUCGGCUCUAUGUAAUUCUCAGGAUGGAUUUUGUUUUCCCUUCUCUUCUUGUUGCCGAUGAACUGUUUUAAAGGCAAAGCGAGCGUGUCAAAUUUUUUAAAAACAGCCUGCAUGAAGGCUACUGAAAGGAAAGACUUGGACAAACAUCCCGAGUAAUGUCCGAAUAGGACGAACCUACCUCAACCGGAAAUGAAUGUCUUCUGGGAAGAAGCAAAGCUCUUGCGUCUUCCUUUUUGUUUUUUUGUUUUCAAAGCAAGUAGUGUAGCAUUCGGUCAGUAGGUGUUUUGGUACUACCUCAGAAGUCAACACCCCACGUCUACCAUGUUGGUCGUCGGUUAUAUAUAUAUAUAUAUAUAUAUAUAUAUAUUCCUUAAUACAAAAGUAUUCCUUUUCUUUCUCAUUGUCGUCCAGAUGUAAAGCACUUCCAAAACCUUGAAAGCAAUGUUCUACCUCAAGAUGUUUUUUAUAGAAAGAACUAUUGUCUCAUGUCGCCAGGACCUCCUCGGCCUUCCUCUCUCUCUCGUUUCGGCUCAGUUCCAGUUUCCCAAAAGAGUGAGGACAAAGAGCAACAUAAGGACUCGUGUCCAGUAGCGGUCAUGGAUGACGUCUCCCCUUAGCGUUAUAAGCUUUACUUUUAGACAAGUGGCUAGUUAACUUGUGUAGGAUUUUUACUGUGUCGAGAGUUGCUUUUAUAUCAUGUUUGUCUCUUUUUAAAAUAACACACACACAAAAAAACCCUUUAAAGUUUGUUAGGGUUGUCGUGAAAGGCAGGCCACUAAAGAUAACUUCUACCUGUAAUGCAGAGGUGGGCAAACAUGUGGCCUCCUAUGGCCAUGUUUGGAGCCCCCAAGGGUCCCGAUUGUGGCCAAAUCAAACGCUCCCCUCAUGGGCAAUAGCACCCCACACCUCUGGGGAGGCACUGUUGGCUAUUUUGACUGUUUUUUCAGGUGUUUGGGGGGCCCUUUGACCUUUUUUAAGGCUGUGUUUGGAACCAGUAGUUCCCAAAGUCUGGGCCUUCAGUCAUUUUGGACUUCUGCUCACUGAAUUCCUGACUGUUGGCCAAGCUUGUUGAAGCUUCUGGGAACUGAAGCCCAAAACACCUGGAGGGCCAAAGUUUGGGAACCACUGAUCUAUAUGGUCUCUUUUUUUCCAGGACAUGGAAGCCUAAAAAGGGUGAAGGGGGGUGGAAAAUGCCUGAAAUGUGGUUAAAUGUCCAUUAGCACUCAUGCCCAGAGGCUUAGGAGGAUGCUAUGGAGUCAAAACGUUCUCUCCCCAUAGAAAUAUCAAGGGUCAGGGCAAGGAGUGUGUCAGUGGGUUGCAUGGCCCUCCAGGGUCCCAUGAGGGGUCAGUGCAGCCCACUAACCCCUGGAAGUUGCCCUCCACAGGUUAGUGCUGAAGAGCUCUAUCCAGAGCACGUUCAUGCCAGGGAUGUUCAUUUGAUGAUUGCAGGAUUGAGUUGUGGUCAUGUGGGUGAAUGGGGCACCACAAGUGGACCUCUAGUGUCACUUUGCAGUGCACAUAAGGCUCCUCCAUGGAAUUCACAUGGCCAGGUUCCAGUCAUCCAGUGCCUUAUAUCAAGGCAAAAUAUGGGUCCACCUAACUUUAGUGUUCUCUCCAUUGACUGGCAGGGUCUCUUCAGGGUCUUGGGUGGAGGAUGGUCUUCUCCUCCUGGUACCAGAGAUCCUUUUCCCUGAAAAUGCUGUGAGUCAAGCAUGGGGCCUCCUGCAUGAAAACUGAGCGCACUGUAACCAAGGUAUGGACUUCUUGAACAUUUUAUAUGGAUCCUCUUGUACUUCCAGAUAGCCCUGCUCCCAGGUCAUCAUGCUUAAGAUUAGUUAUGGUUUCUCUGUGGGGUUAUUAUGUCCAGAGUGUGGAGUCCUUACGUUUUGCAGAUCUCAAAAUAUCCCAGCCCAA